AUGCCCUCCCCUGGACGGCCUCCCCUGGACAUCCUCCCCUGGACAUCCUCCCCUGGACAUCCUCCCCUGGACGCCCUCCCCUGGACAUCCUCCCCUGGACGCCCUCCCCUGGACAUCCUCCCCUGGACAUCCUCCCCUGGGCGCCCUCCCCUGGAUGCCCUCCCCUGGACGCCCUCCCCUGGACGCCCUCCCCUGGACUGGACACCCUCCCCUGGACGCCCUCCCCUGGACGCCCUCCCCUGGACGUCCUCCCCUGAACGCCCUCCCCUGGACGCCCUCCCCUGGACGCCCUCCCCUGGACAUCCUCACCUGGACAUCCUCACCUGGACGCCCUCCCCUGGACAUCCUCCCCUAGACGCCCUCCCCUGGACGGCCUCCCCUGGACAUCCUCCCCUGGACAUCCUCCCCUGGACAUUUUCCCCUGGACAUCCUCCCCUGGACGCCCUCCCCUGGACAUCCUCCCCUGGACAUCCUCCCCUGGAUGCUCUCCCCUGGAAACCCUCCCCUGGACGCCCUCCGCUGGACGCCCUCCCCUGGACGCUUUCCCCUGGGCGCCCUCCCCUGGAUGCCCUCCCCUGGACGCCCUCCCCUGGACAUCCUCCCCUGGACAUCCUCCCCUGGACGCCCUCCCCUGGACAUCCUCCCCUGGACGCCUUCCCCUGGACAUCCUCCCCUGGACGCCCUCCCCUGGACGCCCUCCCCUCGAUGUCCUCCCCUGGACAUCCUCCCCUGGACGCCCUCCCCUGGACAUCCUCCCCUGGACGCCCUCCGCUGGACGCCCUCCCCUGGACGCCUUCCCCUGGACGCCUUCCCCUGGACAGCCUCCCCUGGGCGCCCUCCCCUGGACGCCCUCUGCUGGACGCCCUCUGCUGGACGCCCUCCCCUGGAUGCCCUCCCCUGGACGCCCUCCCCUGGACGCCCUCCCCUAGAUGCCCUCCCCUGGAGAUCCUCCCCUGGACGUCCUCCCCUGGACGCCCUCCCCUGGACGCCCUCCCCUCGAUGCCCUCCCCUGGACAUCCUCCCCUGGACGCCUUCCCCUGGACAUUCUCCCCUGGACAUCCUCCCCUGGACGCCCUCCCCUGGACGCCCUCCCCUGGACAUCCUCCCCUGGACGCCCUCCCCUGGAUGCCCUCCCCUGGACGCCCUCCCCUCGAUGCCCUCCCCUGGACGCCUUCCCCUGGACAUUCUCCCCUGGACGCCCUCCCCUGGACGCCCUCCCCUGGACAUCCUCCCCUGGACAUCCUCCCCUGGGCGCCCUCCCCUGGAUGCCCUCCCCUGGACAUCCUCCCCUGGACGCCCUCCCCUGGACAUCCUCCCCUGGACGCCCUCCCCUGGACAUCCUCCCCUGGACGCCCUCCCCUGGACGCCCUCCCCUGGACGCCUUCCCCUGGACGCCCUCCCCUGGACGCCCUCCCCUGGACGCCCUCCCCUGGACAUCCUCCCCUGGACAUCCUCCCCUGGACAUCCUCCCCUAGACGCCCUCCCCUGGACGCCCUCCCCUGGACAUCCUCCCCUGGACAUUCUCCCCUAGACGCCCUCCCCUGGACGCCCUCCCCUGGACGCCCUCCCCUGGACGCCCUUCCCUCGAUGGCCUCCCCUGGACAUCCUCCACUGGACAUCCUCCCCUAG